CUGUGUACUUCAUAGUUGUCAAGGACCUGUGCGACCAGGAACAAAAUUUGCCAGUGGCUUUGAAAGUUCCGUAAGCUUCUCGAUGUGUAUUUGUAUUUAAAGCAUUGCCAUGGCGACGUUGUUUUCUAAGUUUCCAAGUUAAAAAAGAAACGAUCAGUACUCCUGCAUCUUCGAUCUCCAUCCACAUUUUGGGAUAACUUCAUCGUGUUUCUUUUGUAAGAAUGAACUUGGACACCUGUGUGAGUACACUGCGGUUACGACUGACUGUACUGUCGUGGAUCUGGCUAGUCAUGCUGGACUUAUCACCGGGAUUAUCAACUUCAUCGACAUCUACGGCAUCGACAGACACUAGCAACAACAAUAUCCUGACAGGAUGGCGGCUGAUCGCAUUAAUUGCUGGCUCUUCCUGUCUACUUAUACUGUUGUUGUCAGUCUGCAUUUGCUUUUGUCAUUGGCGACGACGGAAAGCUAAAAGACGUAAAAAUAUGCUUCGUGACCCCGCUGAAGCUAACCUCAACGUCGAAAGCGCCGAGGACGGCGUCUACCUGCGGCGAAUGGACAGCACCAGUGCCAAGCAGUAUCUGCACAGCAUGGUCUGCAGCGUGUACAGCUGGGGGUCAGACUUCGACGUCAACCCCGAGGGCGCCACGGCCGCCGCGCAUCAGAACGGUGACGCCAGCAGUCGCGGGGCCAGCAUGCAUCUGUACGACAACCUUGAAACAUUAAAGCAGGCUCGCGGCUCAUCUGCCACUCCACCGCCUAGACCCCCGAAAAAGGGACACAGUGCUGGAGGUCACUACCUCAAUGUGGCUGAACAGCUGCGGCGACAGCGCUGACGUCAUUUCCUGUCAGGCGCAGUAGCUUUGGUCCCUGGGAAAGGAGUUUUCUUUGCAGAGCUGGAUGUGCUUGUGUGUUUGUGAGAGAGAGAGAGCACUGAUAACCGUUUUUCAAAAAAAAAAAUUUGCUGGAGAGAUAUUAUUCCAACAGAAUACUGCAGAAGAUUUGAUCCAACUUUGAGAAAACUAACUAAAGGCUUUGUAGCAGAGUGCUGGAGUAAUUCUGUAUACAGACAUAUUCCCUUCACAGAGAUCUGCCAUCUGCCAAUUCAGCCACUAGCUAUAGUUAGUGACUGAGUCUCCAUAUCACUUUUCAUCUGUACAACGAAUGGCUGGACAAUGAAAUAAACUUUAGGAUAAACAAAACCAGACUAGAUAACCCACAGAGAUCAUUUCUCUUGCACUGUACAUAGAGUUAUUCUUAAGGCGUUUAUCUAUGUCCAUAAUCUGUUAUAUAUUUAUUGAAGAUAUUAAGGAAAUAUUUACAUCACCUGAUACUAUAUAGUGGAUUUCUAUUUCUGUAAGGUUUGUAUUGAUAUGUGGUACUGAACUUGAAUUUUUAUGAAUAUUUUUGAAUAUUUAUGUUUCUAUGAUCAAGUUCUUUUAUUAUGCACGGGGACCAUUUUGUAGGCUAUAAAAUUCAGGCAGUUUAUUCAUGUUUGACAUAACCUACCAAAGCUUAUGUUGACUUGCAGUCAAGACUUUGUUAAUUGGCCUUCAAGUUAUCUCAUUGUUUUGGUUAUGUUCUUCCUACCACAAAAUUCAAGCAUGAAGCAGCCAACUGUGCCAAGCUGAAAGUGUCUGCUGCUCACAGUUAAACCUAAAGCAAAGGGCAAAUGUUUGUAAUGACCCACCUUCCACUGGUAUGACAGCAGCUUUGCCAUGUGAUGUGUUUGUGCAUGCUAAGAAGCAAGGGAGAUAAGUGAUAAAAGUCCUUGUGACCUAAGGUAUACCUAUAACAAGCUAAGAAACAUAGCAAUCCUUCUCGUGCUAAGGCCUGUUCUUAGCCCCCGCGGGCCCAAGGCAUAGAAUAUGUGCAAGGCCCUCGAUGCCACAGUUUUAAUUAAAAGUGUGGGCCCUCUGACGACUAUCAAAAGCACAGGACCCUAGGCAGAUGCCUCGUCUGCCUGCCCCUGAACAUGGCCCUGCCCGUGCUGAAUGGCGACAAAAGAUCAUUUCUGGCCACUUUCCUUGCUUCUAAUAGAUUUUUCAUUCAAAAUAGUAAAUUAACAAUUUGUUGUCAUUUCUUAUGCAUUUAAUCACACAUUUUCAAAGAGACAAUAUGAAUAUAUUGUUAAAUUGGAUCCAAAUAUUGUUUCUAAAGCAAGCAUAGAAUUAUAACAAUAUUGUUGUCACAAAAGUUUAUAUGUAUAAAUGUUCACAGUUCUGCUUCCAUUGUCAUUUCCUAUGUUGACCCUGCAUCAGAAAGCAAUAAUUAAAAAGUUUUGAUGAAUGUUACAUUUUUCAUGCAGCCACUUAAACACCUGCAGACAGCUGCAGACUCAUGCAAAAAAUAUUCUGAUACUUUCGGACCAAAUGACAGUAAGGACCCAUGAAAAAUUCAGACAAGCCUAAAUAAAGAUUAUAUUAAGA